AUGACUGGUAAUCUUGUUUCAUGGGCCUGUAAGCUCUGUAGAUCUCCUGAAGGAUUUGGACCAAUAUCCUUUUACGGUGACUUUACUCAAUGUUUCAUCGAUGGUGUGAUCUUAAAUCUAUCAGCAAUCUUUAUGCUAACCUUUGGUACCAGAGAUCUAGUUCGCCUUUGCAAUAAAAGACAUCCUAGCGUAAAAUAUAGACGAAAUUGGAUUAUUGUCUCCAGAAUGGUACUUGUCCUUUUGGAAAUAGCAUUUGUUUCACUGGCAUCUUUGAAUCUGUCUAAAGAAGAGACGGAAAACUUUACCGCUGUAAGUCAGUAUGCUUCUACCAUGCUGUCUUUAUUUGUUGCCUUAGCCUUACACUGGAUAGAAUACGAUAGAUCAGUUGUAGCCAAUACCGUACUCUUAUUCUAUUGGCUUUUUGAAACAUUCGGUAAUUUUACCAAACUAACAAAUAUUCUUAUCAGACAUACGUACGAAGGAAAAUGGUAUUCUGGUCAGGCAGGUUUCAUACUGACAUUAUUUCAGGUAAUUACAUGCGCCGGUAUCCUGUUACUUGAAACUCUUCCAAAGAAGCCCCUAAUGCCCCAUCAACACAUACGCCAAAGCUUACUGAGAAGGAAACCGAAUCCAUAUGAUAGUGCAAAUAUAUUUUCUAAAAUCACUUUUUCUUGGAUGUCAGGUUUAAUGAAAACCGGCUAUGAGAAAUACCUGGUGGAAGCAGAUUUAUAUAAAUUGCCAAAAAACUUCAGUAGCACGGAAUUAAGUCAAAAGUUGGAGGAAAACUGGCAAAGUGAGUUGAAACAAAAAUCCAACCCUUCACUAUCUUGGGCAAUAUGCAGAGCUUUUGGAUCUAAAAUGCUUUUAGCCGCAUUCUUUAAAGCUAUUCAUGAUGUUUUGGCGUUUACUCAACCACAAUUGCUAAGGAUUUUAAUCAAAUUCGUUACGGACUAUAACAAUGAAAGACAGAAUGAUGAUAAUCCUUCCAUUCUCGGACUUCAAAAUAACCCUCAUCAAAAAUUGCCUAUAGUAAGAGGGUUUUUGAUUGCGUUUGCUAUGUUUCUGGUAGGUUUUACUCAGACAUCUGUUCUGCAUCAAUAUUUCUUGAAUGUCUUCAACACAGGUAUGUAUAUUAAGAGCGCCUUAACCGCCUUAAUAUAUCAAAAGUCUUUGGUGCUAUCUAAUGAGGCAUCUGGACUUUCCUCUACCGGUGACAUUGUUAAUCUAAUGAGUGUGGAUGUUCAAAAAUUACAAGACUUAACACAAUGGCUAAAUUUAAUAUGGUCGGGGCCUUUUCAGAUCAUUAUUUGCUUGUAUUCUCUCUAUAAGUUGUUGGGAAAUUCUAUGUGGGUGGGCGUAAUUAUACUGGUUAUCAUGAUGCCACUGAACUCAUUUUUGAUGAGGAUACAAAAAAAGUUGCAAAAAUCCCAGAUGAAGUACAAAGAUGAAAGAACUCGUGUUAUAAGUGAAAUACUAAAUAACAUUAAAUCUCUAAAGCUAUAUGCCUGGGAGAAACCUUAUAGGGAAAAGUUAGAGGAGGUAAGAAACAACAAGGAAUUAAAAAAUCUUACAAAAUUAGGAUGUUAUAUGGCUGUAACAAGUUUCCAGUUUAACAUUGUUCCUUUCCUCGUUUCAUGUUGCACAUUUGCUGUAUUUGUGUAUACUGAGGAUAGAGCAUUGACCACAGAUCUAGUUUUCCCGGCCUUGACUCUUUUCAAUCUGCUUUCAUUCCCACUAAUGGUUAUUCCUAUGGUUUUGAAUUCUUUUAUUGAAGCUUCUGUUUCUAUUGGUAGAUUAUUCACUUUCUUUACCAAUGAAGAGCUACAACCAGAUUCCGUUCAGCGCUUACCAAAGGUGGAAAAUAUAGGCGAUGUGGCAAUUAAUGUUGGAGAUGACGCUACCUUCUUAUGGCAGCGCAAACCGGAAUAUAAAGUGGCUUUAAAGAAUAUCAAUUUCCAAGCUAAGAAAGGAAAUUUAACCUGUAUUGUUGGUAAGGUUGGUAGCGGUAAAACCGCUCUAUUGUCAUGCAUGUUGGGUGAUUUAUUCAGAGUUAAAGGCUUUGCCACUGUUCAUGGUUCUGUUGCGUAUGUUUCGCAAGUUCCGUGGAUAAUGAAUGGUACUGUAAAGGAAAACAUUUUAUUUGGGCAUAGGUACGACGCUGAAUUUUACGAAAAAACGAUUAAGGCCUGUGCAUUAACCAUUGAUCUCGCAAUAUUGAUGGAUGGAGAUAAGACAUUGGUCGGAGAGAAAGGAAUUUCUUUGUCGGGAGGACAAAAAGCUCGUUUGUCCUUAGCAAGAGCAGUUUAUGCAAGAGCAGAUACUUAUUUACUUGAUGACCCUUUGGCAGCUGUCGAUGAACACGUUGCUAGGCACUUAAUCGAACAUGUAUUGGGUCCAAAUGGUUUACUACAUACAAAAACCAGGGUAUUAGCUACAAAUAAGGUGAGCGCUUUAUCUAUUGCAGAUUCUAUUGCGUUAUUAGAUAAUGGAGAAAUCACUCAACAGGGUACAUACGAUGAGAUUACUAAUGAUGCAGAUUCGCCAUUAUGGAAACUGCUCAACAACUAUGGCAAAAAAACCAACGGUAAGCAAAAUGAAUUUGGUGACUCCUCUGAAAGCUCAGUUCGUGAAAGCAGUAUACCUGUGGAAGGCGAACUGGAACAACUGCAGAAAUUAAAUGAUUUGGAUUUUGGAAACCCCGACGCCAUAAGUUUAAGGAGAGCCAGUGAUGCAACUUUGGGAAGUAUUGAUUUUGGUGACGAUGAAAAUAUUGCUAAGAAAGAGCAUCGUGAACAAGGAAAGGUGAAGUGGAAUAUUUACUUAGAGUACGCUAAAGCUUGCAACCCGAAGAGCGUUUGCGUAUUCAUAUUGUUUAUCGUUAUAUCAAUGUUUCUCUCCGUUAUGGGAAAUGUUUGGUUGAAACAUUGGUCUGAAGUUAACAGCCGCUAUGGAGCUAAUCCAAAUGCAGCUCGUUAUUUGACCAUUUAUUUUGCUCUUGGUAUUGGCUCUGCACUGGCAACAUUAAUCCAGACAAUCGUUCUAUGGGUUUUUUGUACCAUUCACGCUUCCAAAUAUUUGCACAACUUGAUGACAAACUCUGUGUUAAGAGCCCCAAUGACUUUUUUUGAAACAACACCAAUUGGUAGAAUUUUAAACCGGUUUUCAAAUGAUAUAUAUAAAGUGGAUGCGUUAUUGGGGAGAACUUUUUCUCAGUUUUUCGUCAAUGCAGUGAAAGUCACAUUCACUAUCACAGUCAUUUGUGCAACGACAUGGCAAUUUAUUUUCAUUAUUAUCCCACUAAGUGUAUUUUACAUUUACUACCAGCAGUAUUACUUGAGAACAUCAAGAGAAUUGCGUCGUUUGGACUCUAUUACUAGGUCGCCAAUCUACUCUCAUUUUCAAGAGACUUUGGGGGGUCUUGCCACGGUUAGAGGUUAUUCACAACAAAAAAGGUUUUCACAUAUUAACCAAUGCCGCAUUGAUAAUAACAUGAGUGCAUUCUAUCCUUCUAUCAAUGCUAAUCGUUGGUUAGCAUAUAGACUGGAACUUAUUGGUUCAAUUAUUAUUCUAGGUGCGGCAACUUUAUCCGUUUUUAGAUUAAAACAAGGCACAUUAACUGCAGGUAUGGUUGGUUUAUCGUUAAGUUAUGCGUUACAAAUCACGCAAACAUUAAAUUGGAUUGUUAGAAUGACCGUGGAAGUUGAAACCAAUAUUGUUUCAGUGGAAAGAAUAAAGGAAUACGCCGACUUGAAGAGCGAAGCACCUUUGAUAAUUGAAGGUCAUAGGCCACCCAAAGAAUGGCCGAGCCAAGGUGAUAUCAAGUUUAAUAAUUAUUCAACUCGUUAUAGGCCAGAGCUUGGUCUUGUUCUGAAAAAUAUUGACAUACACAUUAAACCGAAUGAAAAAGUUGGUAUUGUAGGUAGGACAGGUGCCGGAAAAUCUUCAUUAACGCUAGCGCUAUUUAGAAUGAUUGAGGCUAGUGAGGGAAACAUCGUAAUCGACGGCAUUGCCAUCAACGAGAUUGGAUUAUAUGAUUUGAGGCACAAAUUGUCGAUCAUACCUCAAGAUUCUCAAGUGUUUGAGGGCACUGUCCGGGAGAACAUUGAUCCGAUUAACCAGUACACCGAUGAAGCCAUUUGGAGGGCAUUAGAACUUUCUCAUCUAAAAGAACACGUGCUAUCAAUGAGCAAUGACGGACUAGAUGCCCAACUAACCGAAGGUGGUGGUAAUUUAAGUGUUGGACAAAGACAAUUACUGUGUCUUGCAAGGGCAAUGUUGGUUCCUUCCAAGAUUUUAGUACUUGAUGAAGCCACGGCUGCAGUUGAUGUCGAAACAGAUAAAGUUGUCCAAGAGACGAUUCGCACUGCUUUCAAAGACAGAACUAUUUUGACUAUCGCGCAUAGACUGAACACGAUUAUGGAUAGUGAUAGAAUCAUUGUUCUGGAUAAUGGUAAAGUAGCCGAGUUUGAUUCUCCAGGCCAGUUAUUAAGUGACACCAAAUCAUUGUUCUAUUCACUGUGCGCGGAAGCUGGUUUGGUCAACGAAAAUUAA